AUGGAGGGAGAGAGGGAGGAGAUGAGGAGAGGCAGAGGAGGGAGGGAGAGGGGAGAUGGAAGGAGGAUGAAGGGAGAGAGGGGGACUGGGGGGGGACUGGGAGGGGACUGGGAGGGGGUUGGAGGUUACUGGUUUAUACUGGACGAUCACAAACUGGACGUGAAGGAGCUGGAGCUGAAAUACAGCACCAACGCCAGCACGGGUCUGUCGGAGGCGGCGGCGGCCGAGCGGUUACUCCGGGACGGCCGGAACGAGCUGCGGCCGCCGCGGGGGACGCCGGGCUGGGCGCGCUUUGGCCGGCAGCUGGCCGGGGGCCUGCAGUGCCUGAUGUGGGUGGCAGCGGUCAUCUGCCUGACCGCCUACGGCGUGCAGCGGGGAGAGGGUGACCGGGGCAGCUCCGACAACCUGUACCUGGCCGUGGCUCUCAUCGCCGUCGUGGUCGUCACCGGAUGCUUCGGGUACUACCAGGAGUUCAAGAGCACCAACAUCAUCGCCAGCUUCCGCAACCUGGUCCCGCAGCAAGCCACGGUGAUCCGGGCGGGGCAGACCCUGCAGGUGAACGCGGCCGAGCUCGUCCUGGGGGACCUGGUGGAGAUCAAAGGUGGAGAUCGAGUCCCAGCCGACAUCCGGAUCCUGGCGGCGCAGGGCUGCAAGGUGGACAAUUCCUCGCUGACCGGGGAGUCGGAGCCGCAGACGCGCUCACCUGAGUGCAGCCACGAGUCUCACCUGGAGAGCCGCAACAUCGCCUUCUUCUCCACCAUGUGCCUGGAGGGUACGGCCACGGGGCUGGUGAUCAGCACAGGUGACCGCACGGUGAUCGGCCGCAUCGCCAGCCUGGCGUCGGGCGUGGAGAACGAGAAGACGCCGAUCGCGGUGGAGAUCGAGCACUUCGUGGACAUCAUCGCCGGGCUGGCCGUGCUCUUCGGCGGCACCUUCUUCGUGGUGGCCAUGCUGAUCGGCUACCCCCUGCUGCGCGCCGUCGUCUUCUUCAUGGCCAUCGUGGUGGCCUACGUGCCCGAGGGGCUGCUGGCCACCGUCACGGUGUGCCUGUCGCUGACGGCCAAGCGCCUGGCGCGCAGGAACUGCGUGGUGAAGAACCUGGAGGCCGUGGAGACCCUCGGCUCCACCUCGGUCAUCUGCUCCGACAAGACCGGGACCCUCACCCAGAACCGCAUGACCGUGGCACACCUGUGGUUCGACGGACAGGUGCACACGGCCGACACCACCGAGGACCAGUCCGGUGAGAGCUUUGACCAAUCGUCGGAGUCGUGGGCGCUGCUCAGCCAGGUGAUCACGCUCUGCAACCGCGCCCAGUUCAAACCCGGCCAGGAGGGCGUGCCCGUGGCACAGCGUGACGUCAUCGGUGACGCGUCGGAGACGGCGCUGCUCAAGUUCGCGGAAGUGACGUCAGGGCCGGUGGCGGCCGCCAGGGGGCGCUGCCCGAAAAUCGUGGAGCUCCCGUUCAACUCCACCAACAAAUUCCAGGUGUCGGUGCACGAGGCGGGCGGGCGGCAGCUCCUGGUGCUGAAGGGCGCCCCCGAGCGGGUCCUGGAGCGGUGCCGGGGGUACCUGCGGGGGGGGGAGGAGCAGCCCCUGGACCCCCAAUGGAGGCGGAGCCUGGAGGAGGCGUACGCGGAGCUGGGGGGGAUGGGCGAGAGGGUGCUCGGUUUCAGUGCCCGCUGGUUGCCCCCCGGGUCCGUCCCCCCGGACACUGACCCCUCGGCGCUGGCCCAAGUGGCCACCGGGCUCUGCUUCGCGGGGCUCGUGUCCCUCAUCGACCCCCCCAGAGCCACCGUCCCCCAGGCCGUGCGCAAGUGCCGGACAGCCGGGAUCCGGGUGAUCAUGGUGACAGGUGACCACCCCAUCACGGCCAAGGCCAUCGCGGCCUCGGUGGGAAUCAUCUCCGAGGGCAGCGAGACCCCCGAGGACGUCGCCGCGCGCCUGCGCCUGCCCCUCGAGCAGGUGGACCCCAGGCAGGCGCGGGCCCGGGUGGUGACGGGGACCGAGCUGGCCUCGAUGGCCCCGGGGACGUUGGAGGAGCUGCUCCGCACCCACCCCGAGAUGGUUUUCGCUCGGACGUCGCCGCAGCAGAAAUUGGUGAUCGUGGAGAGCUGCCAGCGCCUGGGCGCCAUCGUGGCGGUGACAGGUGACGGCGUCAACGACUCUCCGGCGCUGAAGAAAGCCGACAUCGGCGUGGCCAUGGGCAUCGCCGGCUCCGACGCCGCCAAGAACGCGGCCGACAUGAUCCUGCUGGACGACAACUUCGCCUCCAUCGUCACCGGCGUGGAGCAAGGGCGGCUGAUUUUUGACAACCUGAAGAAAUCCAUCGCCUACACCUUGACCAAGAACAUUCCGGAACUGACGCCGUACCUGAUCUACAUCACGGCCAGCGUGCCCCUCCCCCUGGGCUGCAUCACCAUCCUCUUCAUCGAGCUCUGCACCGACAUCUUCCCGUCGGUGUCGCUGGCGUACGAGCGCGCCGAGAGUGACAUCAUGCACCUGAAACCGCGCAACCCCCGGCGCGACCGAUUGGUCAACGAGCCCCUGGCGGCCUACUCCUACUUCCAGAUAGGUGUGAUCCAGUCCUUCGCGGGUUUCACCGAUUACUUCGUGGCCAUGGCUCAGGAGGGCUGGUGGCCGCUGCUGGUGCUGGGGCUGCGCCCGCGCUGGGAGGACGCGCACCUGCAGGACCUGCAGGACAGCUACGGGCAGCAGUGGACGUUCGCGCAGCGCAGGUACCAGCAGUACACCUGUUACACCGUGUUCUUCAUCAGCAUCGAGAUGUGCCAGAUCGCCGACGUGCUGAUCCGGAAAACCCGGAGACUGUCCCUGUUCCAGCAGGGACCCUUCAGGAACCGCACCCUGGUGGUCGCCAUCGUGUUCCAGGUGUGCAUCGGCUGCUUCCUCUGCUACUGCCCGGGGAUGCCCAACAUCUUCAACUUCAUGCCCAUCAGGUUCCAGUGGUGGUUGGUGCCGAUGCCCUUCGGGCUCCUCAUCCUCAUCUACGACGAGAUCCGGAAACUCGGAGUGCGGAGACACCCGGGCAGUGAGUGA